AUGGAGACGUUUCAGCUGUCUCAGGUCCUAGGCUUUCAGGCGGGCUGCCUGACUUUCUUGUCGGAGGACCGAUGUGCCGUUGCCGCAGGCAGGCUAGUGGUGGAGAUUACGCUGCAGACGCAACAGCAGCGAUUCAUUCAGCACAGCUCUGCAGUGACCUGCCUGGCCCAUUCGUUUCAACAGCGGUUAGGGGCAUCCGGCCAGAAGCAUACAGCACGCACAAAGUGGGCUGAAGUCUUGCUCUGGGAUUCGGAAAGUUUCGACGUCUGCGCAACAUUCUCAUUCCACCAGAAUGACGUGGAGGCCAUUGGUUUCAUUCAAGAUGGCGAGGUGCUCGUAACCAUAGGAUCGGAUCGCGACCGGACGAUGGCACUUUGGCCGGCUGCACGUGCGGGAGUCUUCCGCAUGGGCCGCAAGGACGGGGCUCCGCUCGUGGUUUGUUCGGCCUUCAAGGGUGGUGCCGUUUCUGGUGUGACCGCUGCCCCCGGUAGCAGCGAGCUGCCGCUCCUGUUUGCAACCUACGGCGCACAGCACAUGAAGUUCUGGCAGUCUGCUCGCUCUGCACGUCUCAGUGCUGCAAUCGACGGGCGCCGGGGAGCUUUUGGCUGCGAUGGGGCACCAAAGAUGGUUGUUUGUGCGUGCUGGGUCGCACGGGACCGAGCCGUAGCUGGAGGCAGUGCUGGCGAAAUCUUCUUCUUCCACGGCAGUCGGGCUGUCAGAAAGAUGGCUUUCCAGCCAUCUCCCAUUGCUUGCAUCCUGCCACUCAGGGAAUCGCUUGCUGCAGUCCAUGCAAACGGAAUCUGCACAGUCUUGAGCUCGGGCCAAACCGUCGAGCAAGAUUUUUCCACAUUGGACUGCUGGCCUGAAUCUCGGUUCCGGACACCACUCGUGGCGGGGGCAAGUUGGAAAUAUGACAAGAUUCUACUGUCAUCAGGAACGCAUCUGGUUUGCGUUGACCUUGUCAACGGUACCAAGGGCAUCCGCUCUUGCGAGGUACUUGCAUCUCAGCCAAGCUCGCAACUAACAACAGUUGCUGCUCAUCCAGUUGAGAACUGCAUAUACACUGGUGCUAUGGACGGGGUUGUUCGCUGCUACGAUGGCUCCGACCUGAAGUGCAUCGAGAGUCGCAGCUUGCGAGCAUCUGCUGGUGUUACAUGUUUGGCCAUUUCAGGCAUCUCUGCUGGUGAGGAGUCUUCUGCCUGGAUGGCUGUCGGAUGCAGUGAUGCGACCAUCUCCAUCAUGAGCGAGAAGACGAGACAUUAUGUCCUUCGGAGGACGCUUUCAGCUAAGAAAGCCAAACUGACGUGUGCAAGAUUCUCAUCUGUGGACAUGUCCGGGGCUCAUCCGUUGUGGCUAGCAGUGGGGACAGAAGACGGUUGCAUCCACACAUUCCGAUUCAAAGAGGCUACAUGCAGAGCUUGCGCAUACACGGGAGUUCACACUGGAGAGGAGAUAGUCUCCAAAGUUGCCACUUUGCGUGGACAUGAAGCACCAAUAUUCGACAUCUGCUUUGCGGACACGCUGCCAUGCAAUUAUCUUCUGAGUGCUGACCUCUCCGGAAAGCAGCUUGCGUUUGAUGUUCCAAUGGCCCGGCGGUUACCGACCCUUGCCUUGGUGCGAGAGGUUCCCUUCUGUCCAUGGACCGCACCAGUUGGCUGGCAGAUUCAGGGUUGUUGGGCGAAUCGCGAGACCAAGGUGAGUCUAAGAGAGCGCCGUUUCCAUGAGAUCGUCGGCAGGCAAUCUAUCGCCGUGACCGAUGACUGCAGUCUUGAGAUCUUCCCCUUCCCGUGUGUGGAGCAGCCCUCUGUGGUGCCGGAGCGGUUCGAGGGACCAGGGGCGACCAUCUCCUGCUUACUCUUUGAUGCAGCGAGUGACAGCUUGAUUGCAGCAUCGGACACGGUGCUUUUUAUUUGGCGGUUCUCCAAGGAGCAGAUGAUUCAAAGGAUGCCGCUGCGACCUGUUCCUGCGCUCCAGGGUGUUCCACAAACUCCUGACAGCCGCAAGUCGGCCUCGCCUGCCUUCACCCCACCGCCGCGGGUGCGCAGUGAUGUCAAGGAGCCUGUAGCACAUCAUGGCAAUGCCGCCAUGAGCCGGCACAAGACAGCACCAACUGCAGAAGUCGCUUGA